AUGUGAGAUUUCUCUUCGAGGCCGCAGCUUAGGGAAUGCCGGGAAGGACGACCAUGGUGAUGCGUGUAGAAGAGCAACUGAUAAGCGUAGGAUACACUGUGACAGUACUUCUCCGAGCGUACGUAGACGAGGACUUGACAGCAAGUGAGUACAGACAACGAGCUAGGGAUUUGAUCCACGAGCAUAGAGCUGAUGUACUGGCACGAGUGACCUUCCAGACCUCGAUUUCCUAUGAUGUGAUGAUAUGGUCUCAAGGUUAUAUGCGCGGGGAGUACUACCACGAUGAGACGGUAGCGGAGGCUAGAGCGAGGGUGAGAGGGCGAGCUGGGAAAAGAUGUGGACUAAGAAUGGAAGAGGAGAGUGAGGCAGUCGGAAGAGUGAGAAAGCGCGUUAAAGAACCACUCUUGAACCAGGUAAAGAAGUUGGGGAACAAGUUAAGGGAGAUCUGGUCGUGUCAGGACGAGGAUGAAGAUGAGAGCGUACGGGCAUUUGGGAUGCGUUUCCAAAAGAUCUCCGACGUGCUGAUGAAGAAGGGGAAGAUCUCAGAGGUCGAGUGCUGUACUAUCUUCAUCGGACACUUGUCCAAAGGUAGGCAAAAUAGUAUACUUAGAGAUCUUCCGCGCGACAGGCUUGAUUUCCCAGAAGUCCUAAAGCUCACAAUAAAGGCAGAGGCAGAGGAUUACAAGGACUUGGUGUGGAGAGGGAUGAGGAGACGUGACUUCUCUCUCUACAAGGAGUAUGCCACUGAUAGAUGUCCUGAUUUCAAGGAUUAUCCCUGGUCGGAGAAGAAUGAGGCCGUGGCUGAGGAAGUGAAGGAGAUACGGGACAUGGGGAAGGGAUUAACGGGACAGGUUACAGAGAUUGUGACCACUACAGGGGUCACGACCUACCGGGACAAACCUGGAGGGCCCUAUUCACUUCGCUGGGACCGUAGGAACAACGAUCCCUGGAGGAGUGUCGAGGAUAGAAAUCCUCGGACGCUGACUGAUUAUCGUACGAGGGGAAGAGAGAGAGACAAUGAGCCAUGGCGACGUUGGGACGAUGAGAUAGACCGAGACCGCAGAGAUCGCGUGCCGUUUGUGCGAGCAAGGAGGCUGGAUGAUUACCCGCGAAGCCCUCGCUAUGAGGCUGAUCGGGGUAGAGGCGACUCCCGCAGCCGAUGGGAGACAGAUCAGGGCCGACGAGAUGGAUAUAGGGACGACAGAUAUGAGAGAUCGGCUUGAGAUGGAUAUAGGGACGACAGAUACGAGAGGUCGGGUCGAGAUGGCUACAGAGGA